AUGGGCCACCCAUUCCAUCCCGACGACUUCCCCAUCAACGAGGACGUAGUCCUCCAACCCACUCGCGCCUUCUUCCUCAAGGGAUGCGUCCACUUCAAAACAACCGCCAAGAUCCUCGACCUAUCCGGCCAAAUCCGGGCCCCGUUCUCGGGAGACUUCAACCACGCCUUCCUCGACGACACAGAGCGGGCCGCGCAGAAACAGCUCCAGAGCAACAGCCCGCCCGCCUACGAAAUCAAGUCCUCGGGCAACAUGAUGCGCACGCUGAAGACCAUGGUCGACGCCCGCUCCGGCGACAAGGUGUGCGAUCUCAACAUCACCUUCGUCUCCUUCGACUCGUCGCGCGUGCGCUUCCCCCCCGGCAGCAAGCACUCCCGCCACGAGGUCGAGAUGUGUCCCGUAGGCGGCAGCUCCCGCGACGAGGACAACAAGCACGAGGCCUUCGUCAGGCACAGCAUCCCGUAUUUCUGGGACAUGACGUACGGCCGCGUGGGCAUCCUGUAUAAGUGCCUGAACCAGAAACGCGUCGAGAUCGGCCGGGUCGCGGGCUUUGGGUUCGAUAGGGAUGCCGUGCUCGUGCUUAACGGCGAGGAAUUGGAUGAUGUGGUGGCUAUCUCGACGUGCAUUAUCUUGUUGAAUGGUCGGGAUGCUAUGGAUGCUUAA